GGGGGCAAGGGAAGAAAGUGUCCACUUAUUGCGGCGUUUCUAUAAGGGGGAAGAAAUUUUCCUUGAUAUGUUUGAAGAUGAAUAUCGAGCCAUGACGAGUAAACCCCUAAAUGUAGAGUACCUGAUGAUGGAUGCGUCUAUUCUGCUACCUCCUACUGGCACGCCCCUAACUGGUAUAGAUUUUGUAAAAAGGCUACCUUGUGGCGAUGUGGAGAGAACAAGGCGGGCUAUCAGGGUUUUCUUUAUGCUCCGUUCUUUGUCGCUGCAACUACAAGGCGAGCCAGAAACACAGCUACCACUGACGAGGGAUGAGGAUCUUAUUAAAACAGAUGAUGUGUUAGAUCUGACACUAAUGAUUAAUUGGCUUUAUUUGGCACAAUUCAAAGUAUCUGUUGGUUGGGUGACCAUCGUAAUUAGUUAUGCAUCCGAGGUACUUCACUUUUUGGAUCAAGCUGGUUAUUCAGGCCUCCGAGGGUCAGUAGAUAAAUUAAACAUUGAUACUCCCCAUUGCACCCUGACUAAAAACCCUACUGAUCUGUUAAUAGUAUGA